GUUGGCGCAGGCCAAUGAGGCUGGCGCUGUGCCUUGAGGCUUGGGGCUCGGCCCUCGGGACUGUCAGAGGGUUAAAGAUGGAGCCGAGGGAGAGAGGGCGCCACGAGGUACUGGGUUGGCCAGAUAGGACGGGGCUGCCGCCGACCAGGAUCUUCCACUAAUCUUCACCUUGUCCCCGCGGUGAAAACAAGAGGUGUCUGUCCACGCAGCAUCGGCCCACCACCAGCAGUCCAUUUACAAUGGAAGUCCUGGACGAGUUCGACAACGAAUUCCCCCUGAGUGUGACCUUCUGCCAGCUCAUUUCCGAGGAUGACUUCGAGAGGCAAGCAGCGACCUACACAGAGCGUGCGCUGCGACGCCUCUUCCGCGCCUUGGACCGCAACCCAGCGCUGGCGGAGAGGGUCGUGCGGAAGGGCAAGCAGACCGAGAUCGAGCAGCGCGGGCUCCUCUCCAGCCUCUGGGCGAAGUUUGUCUGCACUGUCCAGGGGGAUCUAAACCAGUGCAACAGCAUGGGUGCCCUGGAGAUGCACCAGCGCCUGGAGCAGCUGAAAAGGCGCAUCCACCGUGUGCAUCUGUAUUCCCAGGAUGCCAAGAAGAGGAGGAGGAGGCCGAAACCAAAGAAACCAGAUCCCAUCUUUCGAGACCGAUCAACCUCCCCAUGCCUGCCACCAGCCCUAUUACCACCAGCGCUGCCACCGCAACCACCACAACCUGUCACCACCGUGGCCUCUGUAGUGGCUGCGUCACCCUCUGUCUACACUAUGCCUCGGGUCUUUGGCCCCUUCCCUCCACGGUCUGGCAAGCCGAUGGAGAAACUGGAUAUUUCAAGGUCUGAAGUGAAGUUAAACUGGAAUGGUCUUUCAUCAAUGUCAAAGAGCCACAUGGUUGAUCUGACCCCCUUGGUCCUUAACCCCGGAGGCUUCCAUUUCUCAUAUUUGGCAGGAAACAGUGCACACAAGCUCCAUUGUCCUAGCUUCCCCUGGACGCCAGCCUGUAGUGGACCCUCCAACACCGACGAGACGCCAUCUCCUGUUGUGAAAGCCUCUAUCUUCACUCCGCCUAUUCUGCUCAAGUUCCAACCCGUGCCCAGACCCAACGACGACUCAGAGAAUGACCCUGGCAGCGCGGAGUCCACUCCUGCCAAAGAGAGCCAAUAAUCUCUUCCCAACAGACCAUGCCCCAGGACUGAGUAAAGUUCAUCCUGGCGUUGA